CCACCUCUCCCCCCUCUUCUUCGUUUCUUAACUUUAAAACAAUUUUUCUUCCAUGAAAUCCUUCCCGAAUUAUAAGAAAACCAGGAAGAAUGAGCUCCCUGAUACUCUCAAUAAAACGUUGUUGCCAGGCCUACCCGACCACCUUUCUCAAAACUGUCUCACUUCUCUCCCACCUUCCGUUCUUUUCUCUGUAUCCCAUGCAUGGCGGCGACUUCUCUAUUCUUCAUUUUUCGCCCCAUUCUUUUCCCUUUACGCCCUUCUCUCUGCAUCAUCGUCGUAUCCUACCACAAAAGACAAUCAAGUGGAUAGAAUCAGUUCAAUUGAGCUCAUGUCAUUUGACCCUAUAUCAUCAUUAUGGCGAUCAGUCCCUAGUAUUCCAAAAGAUCCCCCACUCGACCUCCUCCACCGACACCCAUCCUUUUUAUCAAGAAAGCUCUCAGUACAAUUCCUAACAGUCUCUAACCAUCUUGUUCUUAUAUCUGGCACCACUCACCAGUUUGUCCCAGCACUGUCUAGGCCAUUAGUUUUCCAUCCAGAGUCUAACAAGUGGUUCUUUGGUCCUCCGUUCACUAGCCCUCGGCGUUGGUGUGCCACUGGCUCUGUGGAUGGAAGGGUUUACGUGGCGAGUGGGGUUGGUCCACGGUACAGUGGAGAAGUAGCUAGAUCAAUGGAACAAUGGGACUUCAGGCAACAAGUUAACCAUUGGAGAUGGGAAAACAUGGCACAACUGAAAGAUGGUAGGUUUAGCAGGGAACCUAUUGGGGCUAUAGGUUACAAAGGCAAGCUUUACAUGGUCAACGUUAAAGGCAAUGCACCGAAAGAAGGUUUGGUUUAUGAUGUAGAAGAAAACCAAUGGAAUGAUAUGCCUAGAGGGAUGCUAGCUGGAUGGAAUGGACCAGCAGCUACAAUGAAUGAAGAUGCUAUCUAUGUGGUGAAUGAAGUAACAGGAGUUUUGAGUGAGUAUGAUUUUAAAAAAGAUUGUUGGAAGAAGGUCAUUGAAUUGUCACAGCUUAAACUCGCUGAGCAGAUCGCCGCAGGAAGAGGGAGAGUUUGUGUGGUUUGCGCGAAUGGGGAGACGAUUGUUGUGGUGGAUGUGAUGGUGAGACCUGCACGGUUUUGGGUGGUGGAGCCACCGCAGGGACAGCAAGUAGUUGGACUGCAUAUAUUGCCCAGGAUGAGUAGCAGCUACUAGCGUGUUUAUAAGCAUUAAUGACAUGCUUUGUAAUGUUGUCCACUUAGAUGUUUGGUUGAUUUUAAAGCAUAGAUUUCCUGCAGGAAGAAAACUCCAUUUUAAAUUUGCAACUUCAUAAGGAAUUGUGAUCAGCUAAAUGCUUCGAGGAAUCAAAGAAUGUUUGUCUUGCAAGGGAAUGGCAGAAGAGCAGGGAUGUUUUGUCUUGCCUGUGUAUUUACUUCCUGUACAGUUCUUUC